AUGACAUCGUCGGGCGGCGCGAUUCCGCGCGACUACAUCAAGUCGGUGCGCGAGGGAAUCCAGGACGCGAUGACCACCGGCAUCCUGGCCGGUUAUCCGAUCGAGGACGUCAGCGUGUCGCUGUAUGACGGGUCAUACCACCAAGUCGACUCGUCGGAAAUGGCGUUCAGGAUGGCGGGUUCAAUGGCGUUGCGCGCGGCCGCCCGCAAGGCGGGCGCCGUGCUGCUGGAGCCGAGCAUGCGCCUCGAAGUGGUGGUGCCCGAGGAGUACAUGGGCGACAUCAUCUCCGACCUGAACGGCCGGCGCGGCCGCGUCCGGUCGAUGGAGGCGCACGGCGGCACGCAGAUAAUCAACGCACGCGUCCCGCUGGCGGAGAUGUUCGGGUACGCCACGGACCUCCGGUCGCGGACGCAGGGACGCGCGACAUUUUCCAUGCACUUCGAACGAUACGAGCAGGUGCCGCAGCAGGUCGGCGAAGAGAUUGUGGCGAAGAUUCAGGGAAGAUGA